AUGCGCCUGCUCGCGAUGACGGUCCUCCCUAUUGUCUUCUCGCUACUGAUCUUUUUGUUUGGCGAGCUCGCCGUGAUGUGCGCGACGGCCGACGAGGCAAAAUCAAUUCGGAGCACAUCGUUCGGCACCUUCCUCCUGCUCACAUUCGUCGUGUUUACCAGCGUGUCCACGACGGUGUUGCGCUUCUACAACUGCGUGAGCUACGAGGAAGGCUUCUCGGACGGCUCGACGGAGACGAUCGAGGUGCUCGAGGCGGAUCACGACAUCUCGUGCGACUCGCCGAGCUACAAGGGCACCUGGUCCACCUACGCGCUUGCCAUGCUCUUCGUGUACCCCGUCGGAAUACCACUCCUCUACUGGGUCCUUCUCUUUCGGUACCGCAAGCAGUUGGACCCGAACGUCGACGAGAGUCGGCUCGGCAAGAUCGAGGACAGCAACGACGUGCCAAACCCUUCGCGCGCCAGGUACGAGCCGCGCUGCUACCAGUUCGUGGUCUUCGAGUGCGUCCGCAAGCUGGCGCUCACGGGCCUGCUGAUUUUCAUGUACCCGGGCAGCGCGUCGCAGAUAGCCAUAGGCCUUCUCAUCGCGUUCCUUUCGAUGCAGGUCUACACGUCCAGCCGCCCCUAUGUCAAAGACGCGGACGACAACCUGGCGAACGUGGGCAACGCGCAGAUCGUCCUCGUGUUCAUCGCGUCGCUGAUGCUGUUCAUCAAGGAUAUGGACGAGCAGGACGGCGCGCCCGGCGAUAUGUUCAAAGGUCCGAUUUUUAGCUACGCCAUGAUCGUCAUCGGGACCCUCGUGCUCGUCGCGACAAUUUACACGAUCCUCGUCGAGACCUGCGAGGUAAAUGCGUGCUGCUUCGCGAGCGAUGCGAGAUGGAGUUGGAUGGUCGCGCCGCCCGCCUUCGUCGCCGACGAGCGGCGCAAGCGGCGCGCGGCGGCCCAGCGCCAGGCGGCGCUCCAGGAGCGGUCGCGGCGCGCCGCCGACGUCGGCCGGCGGCGCCUCAGCGCGGCGUUGGUCGUCGGCAACGCGCCGCGGCGGCGCAAGGAGCGCGAGGCCGCCGCGCGGCGCGCGGCCAUGGACUGGCUCCGCAAGGACGACGACGAGGCGAGCGAGAUCCACAUGUGGCCGCGCGUGCGCGCGGCGCCCGCGCGCGUCCCCCAGGACGCGGCGUCGCGCCAGGACAGCGCGUCGCUCGCGAGCGGGAGCCUCGCCGAGUCCGGGUCCUUCGCCGUCGACGCCGCGCGGCUCCGCGACCCCGACGCGGCGCCCGAGCGCUGGGAGAGGGGGGACGAAGACGCGUCCGGCGCGACGCCCGACUACGGCGCCCUGCUCGACGCGCUGGGCCAGGGCGCGCUGGCGGCGCUCGCGGGGGACCGGCGCGACGAGUUCUCGCGGAACAACGCCCGGGACCUCGAGGCGCGCGCGCGCGAGAAGGAGAACCUCGAGACCGCGGAGGGCAAGGGCCGCCGCGACGCCGUGAGGACGGACCGGGGCAAGGUCGUCGACAUGCGCGACCACUACGAGCAGCUCGCGGCGCGGCGCCACCGCGACGACGAGAGCUCGCUCGACGAGAGCGACGGCGGCCUCGAGCCCUCGACGGCGACGGCGACGCGCGCGUCCACGGACGCGCCCGCGUCGACGUCGUCGUCGUCGAACGCGGACACGUCCGCGAAGCGCUCCGCCCUCGAGGCCUUCUCCGUGUCCGCCGCGGAGCGGGGCGUCGACACCUGCCGGGCCGUGAGCGACGCGCCGCCGCCGCCGCGGGAGCCGUCGGCGUCGACGGACAGCGCGGGCGACGCCGUCGACCACGCGGCCGAGGGGCGCCGCAACGCCGCGCGGCGCCGCGGCGCGCUCCCGCGCGGGGGGGGGUCCGCGCCCUACGUCGCCGACGGCCCGCCGCAGCGCUGGGCCGUCGCCCUCGCGGACGGCCUCGCGGACGGCGGCGGAAUGCGCGCGGGCGACGCGCGGCUCGUCGUCGCCGCGACGCGCCGCGGCUGGGCCGGCGCCGGCGGCGCGGUCUUCGCGGCCGCGGACGAGGGCGCGACCUGGGCCUGGGCGCCCGCGCCGCCGCCGGCCGAGCCGCCGAGGCGCCUCGAGGCGUCGACGCUGCUCCUCGAGCGGAGCUCGCUCCCGGGCACGGAGGCGACGCUCUUCAUCGACCGGCCGUCGACGCUCCGUUCGGGGUCCGGGUCGCCGACGCUCGGCUCGUCGCGCGACGACCCGUCGUCGGGCUCGCCGGACGAGGCCUUGGCGUCGCCCGAGGCGUCGCAGCCCCCGCUGGACGCGUCGUCGUCGUUCGCCGCCGUCGCCGAGGACCGCGCGCGCGCGCUCGCGGAGCUCCAGGUCGAGGCGCGCGCGGCGCUGGCGACGGGCCUCGCGCGCGACUUCCUCGUGGACCGCGCGCGGCGGGCCGUGUCCUGGCAGGACCAGUCGACGUCGCGGGGCCUCGUGGCCGAGAGCCUCGCGUCGGCGACGGUCGACGACCUCGGCGCGGCCGCGCGGGGCCGCGAGCGGGGCAGCACAAGAGAGCGAAAUUCCCAACUUCAAAGGCUCCUAUCUCGGUCGUUUUCCACUCGCCGCGAGGGGCCCGCGCGCGUCGCGCGGAUCCUCGCGGACGACGCCGCCGCGGGCCUGGGCGCGGGCGACGCCUUCGUGGUCGUCGGCGCGGAUGCGGACGCGUGGCUCCUCGCGGGCGGCCACUGGGUGCCGCGCGCGGGCGAGGGCCGCGCGUGGGAGUGGCACGACGCGGCGCCGGCGGACGACCUCGUCGAGGAGAGCCUCUUCCUCGACCGGUCCGUCGUCACCGUGGCGUCGGCGCACGACGGGGGCGCGCCCGCGCCCGCGCCGCCGGACCGGGGGCCCCGCGCGUGGGCCGCGCUCCGCGCGCCCGCGGGCCGGUGGCGCGCCGGCGACGUCGCGCUCGUGCUCGGCGUCGCGGAGACCCACUUCCUCCUCGACGGCGGCGCCGUGCUCCUCCGCCACCUCGAGGGCGACGCCUGGGACUGGGCGCCGGCGCCGGACGCGCUGCCCGCGGCGCCCGCGGGCGCGGGCGCGGAGCGCGCCGAGGCCCCGGCGCUCGACGCGCCGGCGCUCGACGCGUCCCGGGCGGCGGCGCUCGACGCGUCCCACGCCGCGACGCUCGAGACGUCCCACGCCGCGACGCUCGAGACGUCGCUCCGGACGCCCGCGCACGACGACGACGACGACGACGACGACGCGCCGCUCUUCGGCGCGCCGGCCGUCGCGUCGUCGCUCUUCGACUCUUUGGCGACGGCCGACUCCGAGCCGCGCUCGCCGUCGCGCUGGACGGCGUCGUCGUCCGCGGGCGCGACGCCCGCGACGGCGUCGACGUCCCGCGACACGGCCGCGUCGACGGCGUUCUCGCCGACGCCGUCGAGCGCCGCGGACGCUCAGGCGUCCGCGGAGCGGUUCCUCGCCGCCGAGGCCGCGCGGGCCGCGACGCGCGGCGACGACGGCGCCUUCCUGCGCCAGGCGGGGCGCCGCGCCCGGGCGGGCGCGGACCUGCGCCUCGCCGCGGAGGAGGCGCGCGCGGCCGCCGAGGCCGCCGCGCGCGACCUCGCGGACGCGGCCGCCGCGCGCGCGCGGCCGCCGCCCGACGGCGGCGCCGCGGCCGCCGACGACGGCGGCGGCACGGUCGUGAGCUUCACCGUCGACGACGACGACGACGAGGUCGUCGCGCGGGUGACGGACGACGACGCGACGCUCCGGUCGCUGGCCGAGGACCACUUCGACGACCUCGAGAGCCACUUCGACGACCUCGGCAGCGUCGCGUCGCGCGAGCACCGCCCCGUCCGCGACGACUGGGCCAUCUUCGACCGCUCCGCGGCCGUCGCGCGGAGAGCCGCGGAGCGCGACCGCGCGGCCGCCGCCGCGAUCCCCGAGGAGGCGCCGCUCGCCGUCGCCGUGACGCCGUCCGUGAGCUCGGAGGACGUCGACGAGGACGACGACGCCGAGAGCGUCGCCGAGGCGCCCGCCGACGACGGGCCCGUCGAGGCGCCCGCGCCCGCCGGCGACGUCGCUUCGGAAGCGCCCGCGCCGGAGCCGGAGCCCGCGCCCGCGCCCGCGCCCGCGCCCGAACCGGCGCCCGAACGGGCGCCGUCGCCGGAGCCGUCGCCGCGCGCGCCGACGCCCGUGGACCGCGCGCCCCUCGAGGCGUUGCCCGCGGCGGCGCUCCAGGACGAGCUCGCGCGGCGCAUGUUUCCCUGGCGCCACCUGCGGUCGCGGGCGCUGCUCUCGACGUGGCUCGCCGACGACGACGACGCGUCCUGGGAGCCGUCGCCCCGCGACGACGCGUCGACGCCCCGCGGGUCGUCGCUCGCGACGUCCGCGUCGGCGCCGCCGACGAGCCUAGCGUCGCCGUCGUUCGACACGGCGACGACGCGGUCGACGGCCGUCGACGCGCGGCGGUUCCUGCGCCACGCAGGCCGCCGCGCCGCGGCCGCGGCGGCGCUCCUGGAGCGGGCCACGCGCGCGAAGGCCGCCGCGGCCGCGCGCGCGCUCGCGAUCCGCGCGGAUCGCGCCGCCGCGCGCGCAUUCCUCGCGGACGCCGCGGCGCGCGCGGCCGACGGGGGCCGCGACGCCAGCACGGUCCUCACGGGCGCGAGCCCCGACGACGCGUCGCUCCUCUUCGAGGGCAGCGUCGCCGCGGAGGCGCCCGCGCCCUCGGAGCCGCCCGCGGCCGCGCCGUUCCCCGCGGGCUCGGCCUACUCGAGCUUCGCGACGGCGGACGCCGCCGACGAGGCGAGCGCGCUGUCCUACCUCGGCCGCGCGGCGGCGGACGCCCGGGACCGCGAGGACAGCGUCGCGUCCGCGGAGGGCUACCUGCGCCGCGCCGCGGGGCGGGCCGUCGCGCAGUUCGACGCGCUCGAGGCCCUCAAGCGCGACGCGGCGCGCGCCAAGUACCUCGAGGACAUGCGGCGCUGCGCGGCGCUCGAGCGGCGCACCGUCGCCGACACCCGCGUCGCCAUGCACGCCGAGGACGAGCUGUGCCGCCGCGUCUACGCGCGCGAGCGCCUCGACCGCGAGGCCUUCGAGCGCGCGGAAACGGCGCGGCGCCGCGCGGCGUGCGCGCGCGCGCUCGCCGCGUGCCUCGAGGACGUCGAGCGGGCCGUGCUCGCGGACCUGGACCACCUGAGCGACUACUCGCCGGGGCCCGAGGGCCACGGCGCGGCCGCGGCCGCGGCCGCGCGGUCGCUGCGGACGACGGCCGCGCGCGCGGUCGCGCAGCGGGAGCUCCGGGACGCCGCGGAAAGCAACCGCGACUACCUCCGGCGGCCGGGGGCGGCGACGCACGUCCCCGCCUACGCGACGCAGGCCUACGACCGCGGCGUCGGCGGCGGCGCGCCCUACGCGGCGCUCGACGCCGCGAACCCCGUCUUCCGCGCGCGGCGGCCGAGCGACGGCAGCGGCGACGGCGCGGGCUGGAUCCGCCGCGUGCCCGCGAACCUCUUCGACAACUCGGGCUUCUCCUACGUCGACGAGUCGACGAAGUCGCCGCCGAGCAAGGAGGCGGACACGCUGAGCUUCGGCACGCUGCGGACGACGCCGUCCCAGGCGAAGCUGCUCAGGCCACGCCUGAGCGCCUACUCCGCGGCGGACUCGACGCUCGGCCGCGCGCUCGAGGACGCGGGCGUCUUCCUCCGCUACGUCGCGCACGGCGCGCGCGCGGCCGCGACGCUCGACGUCGUCGCCGCGCGCAACUACGUGCGCUACCACCAGCGGGAGCGCGCGGAGGCGCGGCGCCUCGAGCGCGAGGCCGCGUCGCGCGUCGCGUCGCCGCCGGAGCAGGGCUGGGUCCGCGUCCUCGAGGACGGCUUCUACGCGGGCCUCUUCCGCGGCGACGUCCGCUUCGCCGUCGCGGGCGUCGGCGACGGCUGGCUGCUCCAGGACCGCAAGACGAAGCUCCCGAGGCGCGACGAGGGCCUCCGCUGGCGCUGGGCCGACGACGACCGCGCCGCGGCGCUCGGCCCCGCGGCGGCGCCCGCGCGGGACCUCGCGGAGCCGUCCGUGGACCGGUCCGAGGGCGGGAGCUCCAUCCUGACGCGGAGCGCGCUCGACGAGUUGUCCUACUCCUACUCGCACGACGGGUCGCGCGCGGACCUCGCGGGGUCCUUCGCGAUGACGAGCUUCAUGACCGGCGCGGCGACGCACCUCUCCGAGUACACGUCCGACUCCGGCGACCACGGCCGCGACGUCGAGUCCGCGCGGUCCUUCCUCAUGCGCCAGGGCCGCGACGCGGCCCUGGAGCUCGGCGACGUCCGCGCCGCGCGCGAGUACCUCCAGCGCGAGCGGCGCGACAAGGCGCGCGCGCGCGAGGACCGCGAGGCGCGCGAGGCGGCCGCGGCGCGCGAGGAGCGCGAACGGUUCCUCAUGUUCCUCGAGGACGUGCGCCCGGACCCGUCGCUCGCGUCCGACAGCGCCGUGGAGACCGCGGCGUCCCUCGCGUCGACGGAGGCGCGGGCGCUCCACGUCCGCGUCGUCUUCUUCCCCGCGUACGGGCUCCGCGUCGGCGAGAAGAAGCGCGUCGUCGCGGCGUUCCCCGACUGCCUGCUCCUCGAGGACGACGUCGUCGUGCCCCUCGCGGACGAGACGAGCCGCUGGGAGUACUGCUCCGAGGUCGCGUCCCUGGGCCACCUCAGCGACUUCUCCCCCGAGCCGUCCGCGCACCGGCGGUCGCGCGAGGAGCGCGCGAAGACCUACCUGCGCCACCGCGCGCGCCAGGCCGUCGCGGGCCGCGAGAUCCGGGCCAUCGCCGACGGGGCCAUGGCGACGCACGCCGAGGCCUACGACGCGGCCCGGGAGCUGCAGCGCGAGGAGGAUCGCCUCGUCUGGUGGAUCCGCGUCCUCGACUCGGCCGCGUACGACGGCCUCCGGCGGGGCGACCUGCGCAUGGUCGUCGCCAUCGAGGGGCCGACGCUCGUGCUCAACGACGAGACGCGCGUCGGCGUCGACGACGAGGACCGGCACUGGGAGCCCUGCGACGACCGGCGGCGCCUGCGGCCGCCGCCGUCGGAGCCCGAGGACCUCUUCGCCAAGUCGGGCGGCUCCGGCGGCUCCGUGGGCUCGCAGACGCUCAACACGCUGCCGACGCUCUUCGAGGACGCGAGCUUCGAGGACGAGGCGCGGACGCUCGUGACGGCGCCCUACGACCCCUUCGGGAGCGUCGAGCUCGGCGCGCUGGAGACCGCGAGCGGCGCGUCCUUCGGCGCGUCCGUCGACCUCGCCGGGUCGCUCGCGAGCGCGCGGGGGUCCGCGCUCGCGUUCCUGCGCCACGUCGCGCGGCGCGCCGCCGCGGGCGACUCGCUCGAGGCGGGCGCGCGCGCGGCAUCGGACUUUUUGGAGCGCUACGGCGCCGGGGCCUACGCGGCGCUCGACGAGACGGCGAGCUUCGCGGUCCGCGACGCGUUGGGCGCCGCGGCGGACGCCGUCGCCGUCGACGCGGCGACGUGGGCCGCGGCGGCGCGGUCCGAGGGCGCCGAGGGCGCCGCGGAGGCGAGCCGGUCGCGGCGGCGGAGCCUGGCCCGCGACGACGACGACGUCGCGUGGCGGCCGCUCGACGCGCGGAGCGGCGACUCGGACGCGUCCGCCGAGGACGCGCUCUGGCGCAUCACGAUCCUGCCCGCGGGCGCCGACGCCUACGGCCUCGACGUCGGGCGCGUCUUCCUCGUUGUGGGCCUCCGGGGCCACGACUGGGUGCUCGACGCGUCCGCGGCGACGCACCGGCGCGCGACGGGCGAAUUCCGGGCCUACGACGUCCUCGUGCCCGUCGCGGACGAGAACUUCGAGUGGGAGUGGACGGACCCCUACCGGCGCCGCGCGAGCGGCGGCCGGGCCAUGGCGCCGGGCGACGACGAGCGGCUCACGGCCGAGGAGGCCGUGGUCCUCUCCGCGGAGCGGCUCCACGCGCAGCGGUGCCGCGACGGCUACUUCGACGGGCCGCGGUCCAUCAUCCGCGUGCCUCCGGCGGGCCAGGCCGCCGUCGCCGUCGUGCCCGCGGCGGACGCGGCGGACGCGGCCAAGCUCAAGCCCGGCGACGUCGCGGAGUUCGUGCGCCUCCAGCUCCGGCGCUACAACGGGCUGCGGUGCACCGUCGCCGAGGUCUACGGCGGGCGGGCCCUCGUGACCAUCGCGGGCGACGCGGAGCAGGGCGGCGGCGACGCCAUCGACGUGUCGCUGAGGAACCUGCGGCGCAUCGGCCCCGACCGCGGCGCGCGGCCGUCGCCGUCGGACUGGCGGCCGCUCGCGCCGAUCCGCGGCUGGAAGAAGGCCAAGGCCGAACCGGCGGCGCCCGCGCCCGCGCCGGCGGCCCCGGCCGCGGAGACGCCGCCCGUCUCGGAGCAGGUCUCGGAGAGCACGGGGCCCACCUACGUCUACUAUCCCCUGGAGUGGCAGUUCCGGUCCAUCGGCGAUUCCCUCGAGACGCCGUCGGAGGACGACCUGCGCUCCGAGGAUUUGAUGCGCCAGAGCCUCGACUCCAGGUCCCUCGAGGAGCCGCUCUUCGCCGCGGGGUCCGUCGCGGACCGGAGCCUCGCGCCCAUCGCGGAGGACGAGGCCGCGCCGCGGCUCGCGGAGGGGUCGCUGCUCAGCGCGCCGUCGCUCCAGUCCGACUCCUACAGCGCGUCCCUCGGGUCCCACGCGCUCGAGGCGCGGUCCGCGUUCCGCUUCCUCCGGCGGCUCGCGGAGCGCGCGACGCGCGGCGACGACAUCUGGGCGGGCGCGCUGCGCCUCGAGGGGCUCGACGACGCGUCCUUCGCGACGCCCGAGGCGAUGACGCCGGAGCCGUCGAUCACGCCCGAGCCGUCGGUCACGCCGGAGCCGUCGAUCACGCCGGAGCCGUCGAGCUCGGAGCCGACGGUCCUGGAGGCUCCGAGCGCGCGGUCCGCGCGCGUCGACGCGCAGGCGUCGCUCGAGCGCCGGGCCAGGGCGGGCGCCGCGGCCGUCGCGCGCCUCGACGCGCAGGCGUCGCUCGAGCGCCGCGCGAGGGAGGCGAACGCGAAGAUGUUCGGGACGCACUACUGGCGCCUCGAGAUCACGCACCCGGUCUACGGCCGCGACCCGGGCGACGUCUUCGUCGUGCUCGGCGACCGGGGGAAGCGCUGGCUCUGCGACGACCGGCUCUUUGUGAAAAAGGCCGACGAGGACUACUUCUGGCGCUGGUGCGAGCCCACGCGGCGCAAGGGCUACGCGCCGCCGGAGCCGUCGACGGACGAGGACGAUCUCUACGUGCGGCCGAAAUCCGUGAACACGGACACGACGGAGGAGGAGGCGCCGCUCUUCGACGGCGGCUCGCUGUCGAGCGAGGUCACGGCCGUCAAGGCGACGCUCUCCGUGGAGGAGUCGCUCGAGGCGUCGACGCCGUCGACGUCGGUCAUGGAGACGUCCGCGUCCCACUCCGGCCCGCCGACGCACAUCUCCGACUACUCGUCGAAGGCCGAGUCCGCGGCGUCCGAGCGCCGCCGCGCGCUCGUCUACCUCGGCCGCCAGGCGCGGCGCGCCGCCGCGGGCGCGAAGCUCCAGAUCACGGGCGACGGCUCCGUCGUCUCCGAGGCGUUCUCCGCGCCGACGCACCUCAGCGGCGACAGCGCCUACGAAAGCGUGGAAGACGACGCGGCCGACGAGGCCGCGCGCGCCGCGAACUUCCUCCGGCACCAGGGGAAGCGGGCGGCGCUGCUCUUCCAGCUCAAGCGGAUGGCCAUGGACGCGCAGGGGUCCCAGGCCAACAAGCUCGCCAUCGCGCGGCAGCGCGAACUGGCGUCGGGCUUCGGCGGCGACGUCGCGCGGUCCGAGGCCAAGGUGCUCAAGGAGCUCAAGACGCGGAGCGCGCGGGAGGUCGCGGCGCUCGACGCGCGCGGGAGCGCCGAGUGCAACCACACGACGGUGAUCCGGGAGGAGGCCGAGGCGUUCACGCGCCUCGGCUUCAAGGACCGGAAGCGCGACGACUACGUCGCGGCGGCGGUCGUGCGGGGCCCCGCCGUGGACCACGGCGGCUUCCGCGCGAAGCUCGCCGUGCCCGUGCAGCAGUGGGACCUGCGGUACCGGGGGGGCAAGGUCACGACGCUCGGCGCGGACGACGGCGUCGACGAGGACCCGUCCGUGCCCCUGACGGACCCGUCCUUCGAGACGAACGUGGACUGGGAGUCGACGGUCGAGUGGUCGACGGAGCCGUCCGCGGCGAGGAGCGACCGGGCCUUCGCGGCGGAGCAGCUCCGCGUCGACGCGGACCGCGCGUUCGCGGCGACCCAGCUGCGGAUCGAGGCCUUCCGGGCGAGCGAGUACGACGUCACGGGCCUCGCGGAGAAGGACCGGCUCGCGGUGCUCGCGAAGCGCUUCGGCGCGGUCGCGGCGACGCUCUUCGACGGACGCGGGGAGCCGCGCGCGGGCCUCGCGGAGGCCGAGGGCCUGGCCAUCAUCCUGCCGAUCAACGCCUUCCCGCGCGUCGCGCAGAACCGCGCCGCGGCCCCGUUGGACGAGCUCCUGCCGCGGCGGCCCUUCUCGCCGAACGCGGCCGGUACGCCGUCGUCGUGGUUCGACUCGCACCGCGUCGCGGGCGCGGCCGCGGGCGACAUCCUGCCCCUGUCGUCCCAGCUCAUCGCGUCGCUGGGCGAGCGGCGCGCGCCCUACGAGAAGGCGCCGGCGAACGAGCCGCAGACGGGCGCGCGGAAGUUCGCCGCGGGCCGCGACGCCGAGGGCCUGCUCGUCGAGGUCGGCGCCGUCGCGGCGCGCGAGCCGCCGGCGCCGACGGCGCUCGCGGCGUCGCCGCCGCGGCGGAAGCGCGUCUCGCAGCCGCCGCUCAAGGGCCUCAAGGACCCCAUCGAGCGCAUGGCCGACAUCAUCACGGAUCGCGAGAACCCCUGGGAUCCUCACGAGGCGCCGCGGCCCAAGGACCCCGGCGGCGGCGAGGCCUGGCUCGACGCGACGGACGUCGUCACCGACGGCCUCGCGCCCUUCCCGUCGAACGCGGCGCGCCGGAGCCUCCGGGAGCGCAUGCGCGACGACCGCGUGCGCUUCCCCGAGCUCGCGGCGCCGCCGGACGCGCCGCGCGACGAGCCGGACGACGCGCCGGACGUCGCGGCGCCGUCCAUCACGACGAUCCCGGGCGCCGACGUCGCCUGGGCGUCGCCGGAGCCGUCGCUCGAGGAGGCGCCGAAGCCGCGGCCGCGGCGGCCGUCGCUCUACGGCCUCGACGUCGCGCCCGUCGACGACGAGCCGAGCGAGCUCCUCAUGGAGCCGAGCGAGCUCCUCAUGGAGCCGAGCGAGCUCCUCGUGGAGCCGAGCGAGCUCCUCGUGGAGCCGAGCGAGCUCCUCGUGGAGCCGAGCGAGCUCCUCGUGGAGCCGAGCGAGCUCCUCGUGGAGCCGUCGCUCGCGGAACGCGCGGAGCCGUCGCUCGCGGCGCCGUCGAGCCUCGAGCCGUCGGUCGUCGAGGACCCGGGCGUCGAGGAGUCCAAGGGCGACGACGCCGGCGUCGAGGAGGAGAAGGACGGGGAGCCCCGCGUCGAGGCGGACCUCGCGGUCGCGAGCGUCGAGGAGGAGGCGCGGGCGCCGCCGCCGCGCGCGUCCGGCGACCCCAUGCGGGCCGCGCGCGCCGCCGCGGGCUACGCGCGCCCCGCGCGGGCGUCGUUCGACGAGCCGUCGGUCGACGCGUCGCCGUCCGUCGAGUUCCGGCCGAGCGUCGUCACGCUCGAGGUCUCGGCGCCGUCGGCGCUCGACGGCGAGCCGAGCGUGCCGAACCGCUUCGCGCCGCCGCCGGGGGAGCCCGUCGAGGCCGCCGCGCCGCCGACGUCCAAGGUCGCCGCGCCGCGCGCCGCGUACGACCUCCGCGUCCGCGGCAAGAGCGGCGCCGGCGCGUCCUGGGCCGAGCUCGCGCUGCCGGCGACCCUGCUCGACGCGGAGCCCGCGGCGCGCGAGCCGCGCCUGUCGCCGGAGCCCUUCGACCUCGAGCCGCCCCUCGACUUCGGCCGGUCGCUCCUCGAGCCGUCGGCGUCCUUGCUCGAGCCGUCGGCGUCCCUGCUCGAGCCGUCGGCGUCCCUGCUCGAGCCGUCGGCGUCCUUGCUCGAGCCGUCGGCCUUCGAGCCGUCGCUCGUCGAGCCGUCGGAGGACAAGGCCGGCGCCUCGCCGGAGCCGUCGCUGGAACGGUCGACGCUGGACGCGCCGUCCGAGCAAAGAAUCAGCCCGUUCCCGGAGCCGUCGCUGGAGCGGUCGACGCUGGACGCGCCGUCCGAGCAAAGAAUCAGCCCGUUCCCGGAGCCGUCGCUGGAGCGGUCGACGCUGGACGCGCCGUCUGAGCAUCGAAUCAGCCCGUUCCCGGAGCCGUCGCUGGAGCGGUCGACGCUGGACGCGCCGUCUGAGCAUCGAAUCAGCCCGUUCCCGGAGCCGUCGCUGGAGCGGUCGACGCUGGAGGAGCCGUCCGAGCAUCGAAUCAGCCCCUUCCCGGAGCCGUCGCUCGAGCGGUCGACGCUGGAGGAGCCGUCCGAGCAUCGAAUUAGCCCGUUCCCGGAGCCGUCGCUCGAGAAGUCGACGCUGGAGGAGCCGUCCGAGCAAAGAAUCAGCCCGUUCCCGGAGCCGUCGCUCGAGCCGUCGGCGCUGGACGAGCCGUCCGAGCGAAGCAUCGGUCCGCCGCUGGAGCACCCCGCGGAGGAGGCGCUCAGUCCGGAGCCGUCGCUGGACCGGACGGCGCCCGGCGAGCCGCGCGGCUCGCUCCCGGAGCCGGACGCGUCGUCGUCGUCGUCGGACGAGAGCGGCGGCGGCGACGAGUCGCCCGCGCGGGGCCGCACGCCGACGUACGUCGCGGCCUGGCGCGACAUGUACGAGUCCGCGCCCGAGGUCGACCCGACGCGGGGCUACCAGACCGUCGUCGUCGACCAGUUCCCACAGCCCGCGCGGCCGCGGCGGUCCGCCGCGCCGUCGCGGCCGUGCGCGUUCUGCACCAAGCCCGGCGGCCUGCGCUGCGUGCGCUGCGACCGGCCCUACUGCAGCCACCGCUGCCAGAUCGACGACUGGGUCCACGGCCACAAGGCCGAGUGCCACCGGCUCUGGCGCGAGAGCCGCGGCGUCAAGCGGCGGCGGCGGCGGCCGCCGCCGCCGCCGGGCGAGCCCGUCGUCGACCGCCGCGAGUGGAUCAUCGUCACGAGCCAGCGCUACGGGCUGCGGCCCUGGGACGUGCGCAUGAUCGUCGGCCACCACGGCAACAUGUGGCUGCUGAACGACGGGCGCUACGUGCCGAAGCGGCACGAGGGCGAGUGCUACGAGCGCUGCGACGCGCCGCGAAACCACAAAGAGAACGACUUCGACGACGCGGCGCCGCCGCAGCCCGAGCUCGCGACAGGCUCCGUGGACACGGCGCAGCUCCGCCGCCGGGGCCCGCCGGAGGACCCCGGCGAGCCCGUGGUCCUGCCGCCGGGCGCCGCGGCGCUCGCCGAGCAGGGCGUCGCGCGGCAGCGGUCCAAGCUCGCGGCGAUCCUCGAGGACGACGAGGGGCUCCGGGACAAGGGCGGCUUCCUCGCGGCCGUGACGUCGCCGGAGCGGCGUCCCAGCGGCGGCGUCUUCGACGAGAACCCGCGCCACGACAUCCAGCUCGCGUUCGCGCGGCGGAGCCUGCUCCGCGAGUCCGCGGCCGUCGACCGCGCCAAGAUGAAGCGGCGGCUGCGCCGGCGCAAGUUCAAGGGCGCCGUCUGGGCCGCCGUCUUCGUCGCGCGGCUCCGGCGCCUCGCGGACGACCGGAAGCUCGCGCGGGACGAGGCCGCGGGGCCCGAAGAGCGGGCGAAGCAAUGGCUCGAGGGUCUGAAGAAGGGCGCGGCGACGCGCGACGACGUCGUCGCCGCGGACUACGCCGUCGCCGAGGCGGCGCUCCGGGAGACGGGCGAGUUCCAGCGGCUGCUGGGCCUCCGGCGCAAGCGGAGCCCGGAGCCCUACGAGGUCUCCGUGCGCGACCGCCUCGAGGUCAAGCUCGGCGCGGUCGCCGGCGACGUCGCCGCGAAGCGCGUGCUCCAGGCCAAGGCCGACCGGCGCGACGAGCGGCUUCGGACGCUCGCCGCGCGGGAGGAGGCGCGGGACCGCCGCGAGGCCGACCGGCGCGCGGCGUUCGAGGCCAGGUACGUCUCGCCGGCGAAGAGGGUCGCGGCCGCGAUCGGCUUCCUCGCGCGGCCGCUCGCGCGGGCGCUCCGGCGCAAGCCCCGCGCGCCCUACGAGAUCGCCGAGGGGCGCGUCCACGCCCGCAAGCCCCCGCGCAAGACCGUGCGCUUCGCCAAGGACGCCGCGGAGCCGCCGGCCGCCGACGCCGAGCGCCGCGACCGCGACGACUACGGCCGCCCGCGGCCCAAGAAGCCGCGCCAGACGGCGCUCAAGGAGCCCAAGCCCGACCCGAGGCCCGAGCCCGCGGCGCCCGCGACGCCGCGCGCCGACCCGCGGCCCGCGGCGACCGCGCCCCCGGCCGCGUCGCCGCCGCCCCUCGCGUCGCCGCCGCCGCCCCGGGGCCCGCCGCCCCGCCCGGCCAUGGGCACGCGCCAGCAGCGCCGCGGCCUCCUCGCGCCCAUCCUCACGGCGGACCCGGACACGCCCCUCGACGACGACGUCGCCCACCACGCCACGGGGAUGGACGCCUUGAUCGAGAAGGUCUCUCGCAUCGCGACGGUGACUUCGAUCGUCACCGCGAAGCCCGGCGGGGCGCAUGCGGCGACGUUCCGCCGCAUCUUCGACGACGCCAAGGAGCGCGAGCUCCCCGUCCUCGUGCGCGGCCGCCUCCCGUUCAACGCCUCGAAGAAGACGAAGAAGAAGGCGACGGCCGCGGAAGCGCUCGGCGUGCCCGAGUACGACGCGAUCGUCUACCUGUCGUCCUCGACGGGGGCGGACGCGAACGCGAUCAUCUACCGCUCGUCCUCGACGGGCGUCGUCGCCAUCGACGGCGCGGGCGCCAGCGCGCUCGCCGCGCGGCUCCGCGAGGUCGACGGGGGCGAGGCGCCCGCGGCGCCGGCCGCGCGCCUCGACGGCACGGCCGCUUUCGCGGCGACGGUCGGGCAAGCGCGCAUUUCCCUGAAGGCGGCGCUUGUCGGCGCCGCGGUGACGCUCCUCGUGCCCACGCUCAUCCUGUUCGCGGCCUUCUUCUACGCGCUUUGAUGACUAGGCUAUUAUAUGUAUGUCGCGCGUAGCAACUCGUCUAACUAGCACUGAAUCG